AUGCAUAGCAGUGACUCCGAGCAUGAGUGCCAUAUCGAGCACCUGCAUAUUGCCACAAAAAGAAAGUCCAUCUGCAGAGCGGAGGACGUGACAGAGCUGCUUACUCUACCGGUAGCAUUAAGAAGCCUUUCUUUUUCCUGGGAUGACGACAAGGCCAAAGCCAAGGAAAAGAUUAACGGCAAGAGGCACAACGUCUGGCAGAUAUCCAACAAUGAAGUCUGGACCGCCAUCCUGAAAUAUAAGGGGACAUUAGAACAUCUGGACGUCUUCCACGACUUUCCACUAGAGCCACGCAAGCGUCGACUAACGGAUUACUUUGGCCCCCUCUCCGAAUUUGUGGAAUUGCGCUAUCUUUCUAUCCAGGCGGAGAUGAUAGUCGGUGGCUACGUUCAGGGCUCGGUAGCUCCAAAUCGAUUAAAGGAAGCACUGCCAGCCAGCCUGAAAACCUUGGUUCUUGCAGCAAAAGAUGCCGGAGAGAACAUUCAUGACCUUUCACUCCAGCUAAAGGAGGUGGUCUCACAAUUUCCUCAUCUGACAACCCUUAAGCUCACGGAUACCUACGCCAUAAGUGUCUCCUCUGCCCGAGGAGCAACCCCGGCCAAAUACCAACCGCUCAAAGAAGCGUGCUGUCGCAACGGUAUCCGGUUCAGUAUGGAAGACCCGUGCAGGCCUACUGUCCCAUUUCAAUACUGCCCUUUUCCUUCGGGUAUGCGGUGCCUGAGUCGAUGGAAGGAAACAUACAAUAUGCGAAUAGAUGCCGGUUUCCAGUAUGAUCUAAUGCGCGAACGAGCUACCCGCAAAGCAGCAGGACUUCGAGAAUCUCCGUCGCCAGGACCACCUGAAAUCCGUGUUUGGACAAUCAAAACACACGUCCUCCCCUUUCAGGAUCACGGCAGAAACCCAUCCUUCAUGGUCUUUGAGAGCAAAGAGCACAUUUUACUCCCUCCUCUGUUCAAUUUUAACAUCUACUUCACUCAUCCCGAGGGCCCACUAGCUCAAACCAAUGACAUGGAAGAUGACCUCCGAGAUAUGCUCGCCCGGAUUAGGACUGGCGGAUGCGAUGACGACAGCUAUCGACUUGACGUCUACUUUCUGCCAAACGCCAGCAGCGAGGAUUGUAUUGCGCAUUAUGAAGCCGAGAAAGCGACCCGCGAAGGCUCCAGGGGCAUGUGUCUUGAGGCAGAGAUCAGGCUAGAUACAGAUUUCCCACUACCGACUACCCCACGACUCCCAGGCAUGCUCGAGACCUACGAUCAUUCCAGACUCACUGGGGUAUUGUUCGUCCAUCCCGAUCGCAGCUGGAGAAACGGCGCGCAGGGCAUGCGCUAUAUUAGGUAUGGAGCAGACUCUGAGCUUGGGCAGGGCUUUUACGAGGACUGGCAUGAUAUGAUUCCCGAUGGGCAUGGGCGUCUGGGCGAGCUGAUCUCGGAUCUUGCUCGAGACAAAUGGCAAGAUACUCUUGCUAUUUAUUAUGAGGCGACGCGUAGAGGGUGGACGACUUGGUGA